GAACUGUUUGAAACUCCAUCAAAAAAAAAAAAAAAAUGGUAUCACGAGAGGAGAUAAACAAGGGUUGGAAUAAUCAUUGGGAAAACAAUCAUUCACCAUGGGAUAUGGCUGGUGGUAAUCCAUAUUUGAAUCAGCAUUUUCAAACAAUGGUUGGUAAUAAUGCAGAUGGAAAGCGUAUUAUGGUUCCACUUUGUGGCGCAACAGUAGAUAUGGCUUGGUUUUAUAAACAAGGACUAACGGUUGUCGGGGUUGAAUUUUCUGAAAUUGCAUGCAAACAUUUUUUUGAGCGCCUGUCGCUGGAUUAUUCAAUUGAAAAGCAUGACAACUACACAGUUUAUACGCACGAUGAAAGACUAAAAAUAUAUCAAUGUGAUUUUUUCAACACGACUGCUGCUAUGCUUGGUGGAUGUUUUGAUUUUUGUUUCGAUGUUGGUGGAUUAGUUGCUAUGAUUCCAGAAGAACAUCAAAAAUACAUCAAUCAUUUAGAUUCCUUGUUCUCUGCCAGUAUAGUUGUUUUGCUGGAAUGUUUUGAGUAUGAUGCAUCUGUUCAUAGUGGACCACCUCAUAGUAUUCCAACAGCAACACUGGAGAAACUCCUUGAUGGCAAAUUUAAGAAAGAAGAACUUAGCCGAAUCAAACAGGGUGACUUACCUCCAGAGUACACUGCAAGGACAGGAUUUGACAAUACACGUGUUUUGUAUCUUGUGAAACGUGUGUAAAAUUACUUUAAUUAAAAGUACAAUUAUUAUCGCAUUACCAAAAAUAGGUACUGUCACUGUUUUACUAUGUAUUUGUUUAUUUAUUAACUUUUAUAACUAUAAUAUAUAAUAGAUUUUACAAAAUCAAUAAUGAGGUCUUGACCAUGUAAAGUUUGUUUGUGCAUCCAUGCCUCUUUUCGUGCCUUCCUUAGUACUUACCUAGCUCUUUAUGCACCUUUUGUAAAACUUACAUGCAAAAUUAUCUAAUGCUAGGUGCACUGUGACGAAUUUCGCAUUUUGUUUUGGCAUUGCCAACAGUAAACAAAUAUUAUUUUAAUAAUUUUAAGCGAAAUGCAAAUUCCCAAUAAAUAGCAUUUGAUGAAUUUGGAACGAAAUCUUAAGGUACUGUGUUGCACUACUAAGUUUCUAAGUGAAAUGUCUAAAACCUUAUAUUCAACAUAACCAGCAUCCACCAUACAAAGUUGAAGUUCAGAAUGUGCUAGCUUAUUCAUAUAUCUUGCAAAGUUUAAUGUCUGUAAUUGAACCUGUAGUUGUUGUUGAUGGCACAAAAACUAAUGCGGUCUUAAGGUAAGCAAAUGACCAAUAUUAUGACAUGUUAUAUUACGAUUUGAGUUACUCUUUAAAAUCUACACCGAAAAUUUGCUAGUUCUGUGGCGUAAUUAAAACUUCCUUCAUAUACCAUACACAAACUUCCUUUUGUUAUGUAUCUACUAGCAAAUUAAUUAAAAUUGUCAACAAGCUCUCUUGUGAAGCUUAUGCACAUCUAUUUUGUAAAGAACAAUUAAAAAGUCUUUUUACAAAGAACUUAUUUGUUAAGAAAUUUUUUAACACUUUUUUAGUAUUUUGUUAUAAAACAGUCAAAAUCUUUCUUAACAAGUUUAAUUAGGAAACUGAUUAGUUUUUGUACAUUAUUUAAAAUUUUGUGAUGGAAAAAACCUUCCUUCCUGCCCCCACCCUAAAAACAUGACUUGCAAUUACAAUGUAAAAAAUAUUUUUUACCUUUUUAAAAAAAUAUAAGGAGUUACAUUAAGACACUGCAUUGGCAUCACAUGAAAGAUGCAAUCCAAUACUUUGGUCAGUAUAAUAUUGUGGUGUUAAUGUGAGUCAAACUAAGUACAAAUAUUCUUAAUUAUGUUUAUUAAAUUGCACUAGUGUAUUUUCUUAUUGUUUGUUACCAAUAAGAUUAAUGUACUAUAAUAAUGUCGAAAAUAUUACAGUUUCUGUUAAAACUA